AUGAAUUUUUUUUCUUUUACCCCAAUAUUAUUAGACUUCUCUUUCGUGUCGAAAACGGAAGCUAAUGAUAGCGAAGUGCAUGCAGAGAAGGACGAUAAAAAAGAGGAGAAGGAAAAAAAAAACGACACGAAAAAAGAAGAUUUGAAAGGGGAGCAUGAGGAACAUGCGGUGCAGGAAAAAAAUGGUGAGAAGAAACCAUCAGAUGAGAAAAAACCGUCAGAUGAGAAGAAGCCAUCAGAUGAGAAGAAGCAUAAAAAGGAAGUCGAAGAUGACGCAGAGGACGACGAUAAUGUGAACGAGGACGAAGAAAGUGACAACGAUGGCGAAGAUGACGAAGAAGAAGGGGAACCCAAAAGCAAUUCCAAAAAAAAAGAAAAUUUAAAGGAAGACAAAAAGGGAGGAGAAAAAAAAGAAAAAAAAAAAAGAGAUUUCGAUGAUGACGAAGAUUAUGAGGAAGACGAAAAUGAUGAGAACGAAAAUGCGGAGAACGGGGAUGGCAAGGACGAACACGAGGAAGAAGAAACGACAAAGAAGCCAUCACACAAAAAAGAUAGUGGGGAACAACAAAAAGGGAACCACAAAAAUGACAAAAAACCUAAAAAAAAAAUAAAUGCUCACGGAGAGGAUGAGAACAAGCAUGAAGAGCAUAAGAAGGCGCCUACUUCGGGGAAGCAUCCGGGGGACAACCACGACCAAGUUCACGGCCAAGAAACGCAUAACGCAAAUGAAAAACAACAGAGUGGUAAAGAGGCUAAUAACAACCACGUUAUGCAUAAUAAUCCAGCAGCAAAAAUGGAUGCUCCAAAUUUAAAUAACAUUCAACAGAGGCAGCCUACGAGCCUACCCCUGUCCAACGUGGCGCCGAAUGUAAUUCCAACUUUAAGCGCCUUCAUACCCAAGAGAGAGGCCCCAAUUGUCCCCCACAACAGUGACAUCAAAAUAAACGAAGAUAUACACAUCCCUGAUGAUACUAAAAAAGAUUUUAUGAGACUGCUAAGAAAUGUCGUUCAACUUAACAUUAAAGAAACCCUACACCAGGGGAACACUCAUCACCCACAUGAAGAUCAACAGAAAAACUCCGGCAUGCCACCAUCGUAUAUGAAUGCUACCCCUGGGAACGGAACAAAGAACACAUCAUUUUUAAAGAAAUUGAUGGACCAUUUUAAAAAAUAUAUGAUAUACUACAUAGGAGGCCUCGUGAUUUUUUCUGCCUUUGCAUUGGCUAUGCAAUAUUCAGACGUAAGCGACAAAAAGAGAAAGAAUCCUGCCCGAAGGGACAGAAGCAAAAUUACCAAUUAUCGAAGAGACAUUGAAAGCUGA